AUGUCUGGUCGUGGUAAAGGAGGCAAAGCUAAAUCCGGUGGAAAAGCUAAGUCUCGUUCGGCUCGUGCCGGUCUGCAAUUUCCCGUCGGUCGUCUUCACCGUAUGCUUCGCAAGGGCAACUAUGCAGCUCGCAUCGGUGGAGGUGCUCCCGUCUAUCUAGCUGCUGUACUCGAGUAUUUGGCUGCUGAAGUGCUUGAAUUGGCUGGAAAUGCUGCUCGUGACAACAAGAAGACUCGAAUCAAUCCUCGACAUCUACAGCUGGCGGUACGCAAUGACGAAGAGUUGAACAAGUUGCUUUCUGGUGUCACCAUUGCUCAAGGUGGAGUGCUGCCGAACAUCCAGGCUGUGUUGCUUCCGAAGAAGAGUGCCGGUGAGAAAGAGUGA